AUGGAAGACGUAGUGGCAGCCAUGGCACAGGACAAGGUAUGCAAGCGAGGCAGCGAUGGCGGCCAGUCCAAUACAUCCACGGCUGAGUCAAGCACAGUGGUUGUUGGCAAGGCCACGAGCACGGAAAGUGAGACUCAAGCCUAUGACAGGUGGAGGAUGGUUCACAAUAUAAUGGUAGAUUACAUUUCAGAGAUGAAGUUGCAACACCCCGACCUGUGCCGAUCUGUACCAGCAUAUCGUAUCCUGGCACGCUUGGGCAAUGUGCUGAGAGGGAGCCGUGUCGGUGACACUUGUUGUGCUUAUAGCACACCCACAUGCCGGAUUCGCAGGUUUGUGUCCCACAGCUGGCAUGCAGCAGCGUGGUUGAAGAUCUUGAGUUUGCUAUUGUUCUACAACCUCAAAGCAGCUGCCAUCGCCAGUCAGGCAGCAGCAUUUUUGAUGAUGGUGCUUUUCAGCUUGGGCAAGUUGCCCGGUUUCGUGAAGGUCGUGCGAUAUGACCCAGAGCCUCUGUUUCUGGCUCCCUGGAGCUCAUCUACCGGGAUCCUGGUGUUUCUGGCGGUCCUGGUUUUCCGGCGGCCUAAGGAGCAGGUGUUCCUGGACCGCCUGUGCAUUGAUCAGCGCGACCCCGCGGCCAAGGCACAGGGUGUCGUGAGUCUUGGCGGCGUGCUGAAGAACUCUGAGGAGCUGUUGGUCAUUUGGGACCGCAGCUACUGCGAGAGAUUGUGGUGCAACUUCGAAUUGGCCGCGUUUCUCAAGGCUCACGAGGAUGAAGAGACAGUAAAGGUGCGGGUCCAGCCCAUAUCGCUGGCAAUCUUGUGCAUCACGUGCUUUGGAUUCAAUGUCGCACUAUGUUUUGGCUCCAUCACUUUUCCACAAACUGGCUCUCUGUCAUUCGUGAUUGCCAUGUUGGGUGUCUGCAUCUACGGAUGGAUGGCUGGAACUGCCGUGAUGCAUCAUGGCGAAAACGUAGAGACAAUGCAAGGCCAGUUGCAGAGUUUCAGUGCUGCGGACACCAAGUGCUACUGCUGCUCAAAGGGUCACCAUGCCCUAGAUGGUUCACCCACGCCAUGUGACCGCGAAAUUCUCCUGCAAUGCAUCCAGCUUUGGUUCGGCUCCAUUGCGGAAUUCGAAAUGUCAAUGAAAGAUCAUGUGAGAGGUUCUUUGGCGCAUCAUUUGGGCGGGAUGUGUUAUCCCUACGGCUGGAUGAUAGCUUCACAUCUUCCAGCCUUUUGGUUGCAAAUGGAUUUUGCCGCUGGCGAGUGGAACAAAGAUAAAGUUGUGUCUGGAUUGGGGUACUUUCUCACCGGUGUAUACGGCCUCUUUGUGGUCUGCCCCUUGUGGAUUUCAUCGAUUUAUCUUUGCGUUCGAUGGUCGUCCGGCUGUCAUCCAGUGCUGCGCAAGCUCUUCGCAACGGCUUUUGCUGCGGGCUUGGCACUUGCCAUUCAGAUCAGCUUGAUUGUUUUCGUGGACAUGUACCCAGAUACUCCGAUCCUGGGAAUUGCUCUUUGGGCAGGCGUUCUUCUUGUGCCCAGCCUGGUGCUUUGGUGGCGUGCUGCUUGCAAGCGAUUGGCGACCCAAGUUAUUGGAUGCUGCAGAGUUGUUUGA